CUGGCUUCGCUGAUUCGUGAAUAGACCCGGCCCUUUGUGGGUCUCUGCCUGCUUUUCCUAUGCCUGUGAUGUGAACGACUCGGCUUCUCGCGGGUUCACGACCUUGACUUUUUCUUCACUUGCAGCAUCAUCAAGUAGGCCCAUUUUGUAUUCACUGUUCGUCUCAAACAACCAGGAACAACUUGGAGGCCUCCUGGAAUAGCUAUAUCACUCAUAAACAGACUGAGGUUGCCGCAAAACUACCACAGGAACGCAAUACACAUGCCCCCCAAGGCUAAAGUACCCGACUUUGGUUCGCACGACUACUGGGACCAACGCUUCACCGCAAACACGGUCCCUUUUGACUGGCUCACUGCCCCGGACGCUCUGGACUCCUUGAUCGCCGACGCACUGAGCACUUUGGGCGAAGAGCAACCCCAGAUCCUGCACAUCGGCUGUGGAUCGUCGCUCCUCUCGCAGCAUUUGAAGACCCAUGUGCAACAUGCUCGUCAGGUGCACAACGUGGACUACUCUAAGAUCGUUAUCGAUGCAGAACAAGAGCGCGAAUUGGAAGCGUUGGGGGGCGAUGUGAGUGCCUGCACAAGAUGGGAUGCCGUGGAUCUUCUGGACCAUGCAUCGCUUGUUGAGACCUGCGGCUGUGGUGUGUAUUCUGUUGUUGUCGAUAAGUCAACCUCGGAUGCUAUCUCGUGUGGUGAAGAUCAAAUUUGCCGGCUCCCGUACGCUGUCACUUUGAAACGACGUACAUCGACAAGCAACAUGGUGGACACGAAGCCAAGGGAGGUUUUGACUCACCCGUUGCAACUCUUGGCUGUGCAUCUAGCUCUUGCGACGAAGCCUGGUGCCAGAUGGAUAGCUCUCUCGUACUCUUCGGAAAGAUAUCCGUUUCUGGAAGGCGAAGCAGCGACGCACAAAGAAGAGGGCACGGCAGACACUGGCAUGCCAGACCCAAGGCUCUUGUGGACGAUGGUCAGUAAGCACCGGAUUGAAGCCAAAGAGCAGGAGGAUCAAGGCGCCGUGACGCAUAGACCGAAAGUAUACCACUGGGUGUACAUACUACAGAGGACCAACACACGGCUUGUUGUCAACGCCUGAAGCUC